AUGGAAAACGUUCGAGUCAUCUCCACCACCACAAUCAAAGCAACCGUUCCCAAUAACGCUAACCCUCAUAAACUCGAUUUAACUCCCUGGGAUCUCCAAUUCCUCCCUACUGAAACCAUCCAAAAAGGCCUUCUUUUUCGCAACGUAAAACACACCCCAUUCCAAAUCCACCACCUCCAACACUCCCUUUCCUCCACUCUAGCAUUCUUUCCACUCCUCGCAGGUCGUCUCGCCAUACUCCGACAUCAUCACACCAUUGUCUCAUCCCACAUCGUAUGCAACAACGCUGGAGCACUCUUUGUCCACGCGGCUGCACCCAACACCACCGUUGCUCACAUCCUGCAACCAAAAUACGUUCCUCUCAUUGUUUCCUCCUUCUUCUCAAUCAAUGGAGUUAAAAACUACGAGGGCACGUCGCAGCCAUUGCUGGCAGUGCAAGUGACGGAGCUAGUCGACGGCAUCUUCAUCGCCCUAACAGUGAACCACGUCGUUGCUGACGGCAAGUCUUUGUGGCAUUUCGUGAAUUCCUGGGCUGAAAUCUCACGUGGCUCCCUUCAAAUAUCCAAACUCCCUUCUCUCUACCGUUACUUCCCCGAUGGCAUUGACCACCCCAUACACUUUCCCUUCACAGAGGAAGAAGAAAACCAACACUCCCCAAACCCCAAACCACUAGCUCCACAUGAGAGGGUAUUCCAUUUCACGAAGGAAAAAAUCGCGGAACUCAAAUCAAAAGCUAAUGCAGAGGCCAACAGCGACAGAAUAUCUUCUCUGCAAGCGCUUCUAACUCUCGUUUGGCGUUCUGUGACACGUUGCAAGCGCGUGGAGCCGCAAGAAAACGUGCAUUAUGUGUUGUUCAUUGGCGUUUGGUCGAGGAUGGAUCCACCACUGGCAGAGGGUUAUUUUGGAAACUCAGUUAUAGCCACUGUUGUGAGCAUGAAAGCCGGGAAAUUAUUGGAGGGUGGGCUUGGAAAGGGGGCUUUAGAGAUGAACAAGGUGAUUUCUUUGCACUCUGGUGAGAAGGUAAAGAAGCACUAUGAAUGUUGGGUGAGAAGGCCAAGGCUUUUAACAUUACCGAGUGGCGUGGGUGGUAGUAAUUACUUGAUCACUAGCAGUUCCCCAAGGUUUAAGAUAUUAGAUAACGAUUUUGGUUGGGGAAAGGCUGAAGCAGUUCGAAUUGGAGGUGGACAACAUAAACGUAACGGCAUGAUUACUGUGUUUGGCGGCGCUGAAGAAGGGUCCAUUGACAUUGCAGCGAGCCUUCCUUAUUUGAUUUUGGAAGCCAUGGGAAAUGACGCAGAGUUCAUGGAUGUUGUGUCCAACUAAUGGACAGGACAGAGCACAACCUUGGUUCAGUUCAGUCCACAUAGGAAAAUUUACUAAA